CGAGCGGCUGCAGCUGCAGCGGCGGGGGAGGCGGCAGCGGGGCCCGGGAGGGGGGCUCCGCGGGGUGCCGGCGUGUAGCCGGGACCAUGGAGGGGCAGAGCGGCCGCUGCAAGAUCGUGGUGGUGGGGGACGCGGAGUGCGGCAAGACGGCGCUGCUGCAGGUGUUCGCCAAGGACGCCUACCCCGGGAGUUAUGUCCCCACCGUGUUUGAGAACUACACCGCCAGCUUUGAGAUAGACAAGCGCCGCAUCGAGCUCAACAUGUGGGACACUUCAGGUUCCUCUUACUAUGAUAACGUCCGGCCCCUCGCCUAUCCUGAUUCGGACGCUGUGCUCAUCUGCUUCGACAUUAGCCGACCAGAAACACUGGACAGUGUCCUCAAGAAGUGGCAAGGGGAGACUCAGGAGUUUUGUCCCAAUGCCAAGGUUGUGCUGGUUGGCUGUAAACUGGACAUGCGGACCGACCUGGCCACACUGAGGGAGCUGUCCAAGCAGAGGCUUAUCCCCGUUACACAUGAGCAGGGCACCGUGCUGGCCAAGCAGGUGGGGGCCGUGUCCUACGUGGAGUGCUCCUCCCGGUCCUCUGAGCGCAGCGUCAGGGACGUCUUCCACGUGGCCACAGUGGCCUCCCUGGGCCGUGGCCAUAGGCAGCUGCGCCGAACUGACUCACGCCGGGGACUGCAGCGAUCCACGCAGCUGGCAGGAAGGCCAGACCGGGGGAAUGGGAAUGAAGGCGAGAUACACAAGGAUCGAGCCAAGAGUUGCAACCUCAUGUGAGGAGCCGGGGAGGGGCAGCGUGUCAGGAGGGGUGGUGAAGGGCACAAUGGUUCCCCUGCCUGCACCCUGGCUUCCUGACCCCCUGACUGGCUGGAACUUCAGGGCCGGUUGAGUGAGCAAUUCUCCUGGGCCAGGGACCUGGAGGCAGAGGGUACCAUCAUUCCCCACACCCUCAUCCCCCUCCUCUCCACAGGAAGUUGAGGGAGCUAGCAGAGCAGGCAUCUGGGUCAGGAGCUGGGACGGGGCAGGGGGCUUAGGGAAGCUGGCAUCGAGCAGUGACCUUGGUUGAGUCUGGGUAGAUGAGGAGUGCCUUCCCUCCCUGCCCCCAGCGCCCAGAUCCUGGUCCUGGCUUCCUUCCCGAAGGAAAGUGUCCAUUCCAUGAACUUCCCUUUUCCUCUCCUCUCACUUCUACAGCUGUGCUCACUUACCCUAACCUCCAGGCAACAUGCACUAAAUUAAAAAGCAAGUUAAGAAGCCCUUCCCCCCAUAUACCCACCAGUCCUAGCUCCCCCCUCUCUUCCCCAGCAGUCCCCAAAUAAAGCCCAU